UUGUGGGAUUUUUCUUAACAUAAAUAUUCCUUAUCUCUUUCAGCUUCAUGUUGAACAUGAGCCUUGUUAUGAUUAGUGAGAAUGUAAAGCUGGCCCGUGAAUAUGCUCUGUUGGGCAACUAUGACUCUGCGAUGGUCUAUUACCAGGGAGUUCUUGACCAAAUGAAUAAAUACCUCUACUCCGUCAGAGAUGCGUAUCUGCAACAGAAAUGGCAGCAGGUUUGGCAGGAGAUAAGUGUGGAAGCUAAGCAUGUGAAAGAUAUAAUGAAAACACUAGAGAGUUUUAAGCUAGACAGUACUCCACUGAAAGCUUCACAACAAGAAUUACCAGCUCAUGAUGCAGAGGUCUGGUCUUUGCCAGUACCUGCUGAAAGUAGACCUUCGCCAGGACCCAGGAAACGUCAGUCUGCUCAGUGCAGUGAUUGUAGAGGUCACAAUAAUCGUAUAAGUGCAGCAGUCAGAGGCCCCCACCGUCCAUCCUCCCGAAAUCCCAGCGAAAAAGGGAAGGCAGUCCGUGGCCGGGAAAAGAAAGAGCAGCAAAUUAAAGGAAAGGAGGAGAAGAACAAAUCCACAUCUGAGAUUUCAGAAUCUGAACCAAAGAAAUUUGAUGGUACUGGGUAUGAUAAAGAUUUAGUAGAAGCUUUAGAAAGAGAUAUAAUUUCUCAAAAUCCCAACAUUAGAUGGGAUGACAUUGCUGAUUUAGUGGAAGCCAAAAAGCUACUCAAAGAAGCUGUAGUUCUACCAAUGUGGAUGCCAGAAUUUUUUAAGGGAAUUAGAAGACCAUGGAAGGGUGUGCUAAUGGUCGGUCCUCCUGGUACUGGAAAAACCCUUCUGGCAAAGGCUGUAGCUACUGAAUGCAAGACAACUUUUUUCAAUGUUUCUUCUUCCACACUUACCUCAAAGUACAGAGGCGAAUCUGAGAAACUUGUUCGUCUACUGUUUGAAAUGGCUCGAUUUUAUGCCCCGACAACUAUAUUUAUAGAUGAGAUAGACUCCAUUUGCAGUCGCAGGGGCACUUCAGAGGAACAUGAAGCCAGCAGGCGUGUGAAAGCAGAACUGCUCGUCCAGAUGGAUGGUGUUGGAGGAGCUACUGAAAAUGAUGAUCCUUCUAAGAUGGUUAUGGUACUUGCUGCUACUAAUUUUCCUUGGGAUAUUGAUGAAGCCUUGAGGCGGAGAUUAGAAAAGAGGAUUUACAUUCCUUUGCCAUCAGCAAAAGGUAGAGAGGAGCUCCUGAAAAUAAACCUGCGAGAGCUGGAACUGGCCGAUGAUGUUGACCUUGCAAAUAUAGCCGAGAAAAUGGAGGGCUACUCAGGUGCAGACAUUACCAAUGUGUGCAGGGAUGCGUCGCUGAUGGCCAUGAGAAGGCGCAUUGAAGGCCUGACGCCGGAGGAGAUAAGAAACCUCUCCCGAGACGAAAUGCACAUGCCAACAACUAUGGAAGACUUUGAAAUAGCUUUAAGAAAAGUUUCUAAAUCUGUAUCUGCUGCGGACAUUGAGAAAUAUGAAAAAUGGAUAGUUGAAUUUGGAUCAUGCUGAGUUGUCUUAUCUUGGAGAAGCCACCUUGCGUCUUAAAACAGCUUCAGAAGUAAUAAGUAGUGUGUCAGUGCACUGAGUGCUCUUUUUAACUUUUGUAAUUAAAUUUAAGAGCAACAGAUAGCUAAAUAAAUUUUUUUUUAAAA